AUGAAUUUUACAGAUAACGAAGGCGUUUUGAAGCGACGUGCGGCAAUUUCUGAUGAGGAUAAUGAGCCUAAAGAUGAUUAUUUGGAAGCUGAAAUCGAAAGUACUGAUAGCCUACGAAUCGCUGUGAAUGAGCUGUUUGGUGUGCGCUUGUUAGAGACAAAAUUUCGAGUUUGGAAUACAAACAGUAAGUCGGUGGCAAUCAGUGCACUGGGUCGUGAUGAAAUAGCGGCUCCACCCGGUACCGUUCCUAGAUGUGCUCCUCAAGAGCACAUAGUUCGAAAACGAGUUCCAACGAGCAAAACAAUGAAAAGUACUGCAGCCACUCAAAACGGAGAGCAAUCGCUAACGCUAACAAAUCGACUGACAUCCUUAUCGGCCGAUUCUUUACUUAGCGGUGUUCUACCGGAUCGACCCACUUCUAUUUCAUCUCAACAAACGUUCAUCCUCGAAAAUGAUCGUCGCAAACCUUUGGUCGCUCGUAAUGCGUUUCAGUUGGUAACUGAAUUUCAACAACCCUCUUCCAGUCAAGUACCACUAGCCAAGAACAAAGUUUAUGGUAAAGACAAUGGUUGUCGGACGACUGCCACGCCAGCAAAUAGAGCAGUGGCAAUUCUGAGUCGAGGAAUCUCCGAGCCGCGAUUGUUAAAGCAGUUCACAACAGAAGAUUCAUCUUUACCACGCAAAACAGAUGCUAAUAGUCGUACAACCUCAAAGUCACACACAUCAGUGAAUGACGACGACGGGCUACUGAUACCGUCGUUUAAGAAGAAAAUUUCGGAUUGUAUUCCAUACAAUACAGACACUGAUCAGUACGUGAUCGCUUUCGGCUCACGACCAAAAGUGCCGAGAACGCCCACUGAAAAACAUGACAAAAGGAAACCGGGAGAGUAUUGUCAUAGCAGCCGAUCAGUGAUUGAUUCUUACUGA